AUGAGCGACGAUGAUCUCGAUAGGUUCAACGACUCCGACUCGGAGCCGGAGCGGGCCGCGGCCGAGCCCACCGCUUCCCGGAAGGCGAAGGGGACGGGGUCGAAUGCGAACAAUUCUUCGCCCGCCGCCGCCCACGCCGGAGGAGGGGGCAAGGCUGCGCAGCGACGCGCCAAGAAGACCGCGGCGAAGCGCGCGCGUCUCGAGCGCCGGCGACAGGAGCGCGAGCGAUUCCCGCGGGACAGGAACGACGGAUCGGGCUCGGGCGAAGACGACGGCUCCGAUCUCGACGACGGCACCGCCGCUGCUCCGGCGCCCAAAUCUUCCAACGCCGCGCGCGUGCACCACGGCGUGCUCAACGUGGAAGGCGUCGUCGUGGACGGUAAGCUCAUCCUCCUCGACGCCAAAUCCGGCGCGGUGUACUCCGCCACGCGUCGCGCCCCCGACGGGUCUCACCUGCGCGUGGGCACGUGGAACCCCGAGACGCGCGCGGUGACGCGGCUCACGAAAGAGGAGAUGGAGGCGCAGCUCAACCCGCCGACGCCCGACGGUAAGCGUCGAAAGGGACGCGACGGCGGGGACGGCGGGGACGAAGAGUCGGCACCCGGGGACCUGGACGGGGACGACGAGUCGGCACCCGGGGACGGCGACGGGGACGGCGGGGACGGCGGGGACGGGACGUCGCUCAGCGCCCGAAUGGAGAAACCGCCGGAUGAGGUGUCGCACGCGUUCCAAGUCGACGCCGAUGACCACUGCGAGACGUCCCCGGAGGCUCACGCGCACAUUCUCAACUUCCUCAACAAGACCGCCUCAGCCCUGGGCAAGACGCCCAAGACGUUGGUGAUUUACGACCCGUACUACUGCGCGGGGGGAACCAAACGGUCGUUCGCGGCGCUCGGCUUCCCAAACGUGAUAAACGAGAAUAAAGAUUUCUACGCCGUGUGCCAACGAGGGGAGGUUCCGGAACACGACGUCCUCGUGACUAACCCGCCGUACAGCGCCGACCACGUCGAACGGUGCAUCACAUUCGCGGCGAAAAACCUGUACGAGCACGGUCGGCCCUACUUCCUCCUUCUUCCGAGCUAUUGCGUCAACAAGCCGUAUUACACGAGCGCGCUGUUGACGGGGGGCGCGGCGGGGAAAAAGGCUAGGGCGGCGCGGGAGGAGGCGGAGGGGGGAACGAAGACGAAGGAGGAGGACGGGAGGGACAAAAAGUCCGGCGACGAGCCGCGGCGGGAUGAGAACGAGCAGCAGCAGGAGGAGGAGGAGGAGAAAACGGAAGAAGAAGAAGAAGAAGAAGAAGACGGGGAAGGGUUCAAAGUUCACGACGGCGGUAAGUCGCGGACCAAGAAGAUCGCCACGAGGGACGGCGGCAGCCGCCGGCAGACCCUCCCGUUCUACGUCGCUCCCGUCAAGCGGUACUACUACUGGACCCCCAAGCCCCUCAUCGCCGCGAGGAAGGCGCAGCAGGGCGUCGAGCUGGGCGGAAAGACGCGCCGCAAGAAGAGCCACGUCGGGCGACUGGGCGAGCGAACCUCCCCUUUUCUCUCCUUUUGGUACUGCGGCAUGGGCGACGAUCUCCAACCGGAGGCGCUCCGGUGGCACCGCAAGUUACCCCGCGCGGCGGUCGGCGGGUACACGGUGGCCAGGAACCCCAACGACCUCCCGAUGCACGUGCUCGACGAGUGGGACCCGCGGCGGCGCGCGGCGGUGGAACGCGCGAAGGAGGCUGGGGACGACGGCGCUAAACCCAAGCGGUACGCCGGUUUCAGCGGCCACAACUGCGGACAGAACAUGGACGCCAAGCAUAAGAAAAAGUACAAGGAGUUCGACAACGCGACUGGGGGCAACAGAAGAGAUAAUUGGAGCGGGGGAAAGCUCGGGGACGGCGGGAUGUUCAAGCGCCCGGCGAAGAAGCGAAAGUACUGA